UCUAGGGACCAUGGCCGAUCCUUGCGUGAGACAGAUCAAGAUCAAGACAGGCGUGGUGAAGCGAUUGGUCAAAGAAAAAGUGAUGUAUGAGAAAGAAGCAAAGCAGCAAGAAGAAAAGAUUGAAAAAAUGAAGGCUGAAGAUGGUGAGAACUACGCCAUUAAGAAGCAGGCAGAAAUCCUUCAAGAGUCCCGGAUGAUGAUCCCAGAUUGCCAGCGCCGGUUAGAGGCUGCAUAUACCGAUCUUCAGCAGAUACUAGAAAGUGAAAAAGAUUUGGAAGAAGCUGAGGAGUAUAAAGAAGCACGUGUAGUUCUGGAUUCAGUGAAGUUAGAAGCCUGAAAUUUUUCUGUACAGGGUGUUUUUUUGCAGUAAAUCCUGGGGUCCAUUCUACAGUUUGUUAUCUUGCCACUGCUGUGUUUAGUAAUAUGAAAAUGUGGUUCUUUGUAUGCAGUCGCAUAUAUUUUUCUUUGCAUAACUUAAUGUGUCAAAUAAAUGAGUU